AUAGUUCGUCAAUACAUGAGUGCUGAUACACGGAAUUAGGAAAACUGCUGUUUACUAAAAAGAAAAAAUAUAUCGCUGAAUGACAUUAAUCAAUUCGUGAUGUAUGUAGUACUGAAAACGAAAUCGCGUUGAACCUUUGAUGAUUUGCUUAGAAUGCGUACAUGUGUGGUGAUAUGAGUUUGGAUAAAUCGUUUAAUAUAACACAGGGUGCAUCAGAAAAAAAGAACAAUUAAGAAAUAAAAUGGCCGAACGCUCUAAAAUACCAAGAGAUGACAACACCAGCAAUGAACCUGACUAUCAUCCAUACGAAGAGCUUCCCCUACGGACCAAUGGUGAUGAAAAGAAUUCUAAAACAAACACAACGGACCCAAAUCCUACUUCCAAUGCAUUUGGUAAUGUUGACAUUGGACGUAGAUCCCUUCAUGAACAACCAAGAGGUGAAAUAACCAGUCGUUCAUCUAACGAUCCCGCAUACUUACAGCUCCCCAAUCAGACCAGCGUUGUCAGAGAGAAUUUAGAAGUGAGUGAGAAUGUCAAUAGCAGAUUUGAUUCAACGAUCGCUGUACCAAACGCUGAAGACGACCAAAACAUUCCUUCCAAUGGUUCUCCUCCUCCAAUGUUACCAGCCAGAGAUUACCAAUCUACCCCACCGUCCAGGAAAAAUACGCAUUACGAGCUUCCCAGAGAACAAAUUGAUGUCAAAAGCAAGUAUCAAGUAAAGAGAGAUGUGCCAAACAUUGCCGCUGAUGAUCAUGUCCAAAGCCUUACUUUCUAUGAAAUGAGAAAGAAAGUGUACGAAUUUAAUAACAAACCAAAAGAGUUCAUCGAUAAAUUUGAAAGUACUAAAGACGAAACCAGGACAGCAGAGGAAACCUUUCUCAUUAUCCAUCUUUUAACUAGUUCUGAUCCUAAAUCUCCAGUUUUGAAUGGACAACUUGACCAGCUGGCGAUGUUGGCCUGCUGUAACAGCCCUCGAGUAGUGAAAAGAGCGCUUGAUGUUCUCCUGAAUGAAAUAUUCUUAAGCAUCUCAGAUUCAUCAGAAACUCGCUGUCAUAAUAUAUUAGAAGCGGAAGAGAUUCUUCGUUCAUCAUUUUUCGAGUUCCUAAAGGUUGACCGUUUUAAGCCCAAGUGCCACAGGAUGACAACGUAUGCUUGGCUAAUCACGUUAUUCCUUCUGAAGUGUGACGAGAAGGAAUUUACGAAAAUCCAAUCAAAAAUCAAAGAAUUUGACCGAGAGCUAAGCACACUCUUAAACAGCAAGGACAACAAAGACCGAAAUCUGUUUCGGUACGGCCUAUAUCUCGCCAGGGAGAGCAUUGAACGGAUUAUUCAAUCGUGUAAGAAACCGGACAGAAAGGAAUCCCUCAUACUUAACAUUAAAAAGUGUAAAUACUUUUUGAAUGGCGAGCUGGACAAGGAUGAAGUAAUGAAACUUGGUAGGGAGCUCAGUGAUGCAAAUAGUUGGUUAGAUAUUCAUGUAUGCCUUGUCUUUAUGCAAGAUUUGCCGAAGUUUUAUCAGUACCAAGGCGACCUAAGACCGGUAAUUUUACUACAGAUGUUGAUCGCAGAUUAUCGCGAGCGCUGCGGUGGGAAACGGUUAUUUACAAGAGUUUCAACGGAAAGUUGGUUGUUUGAGGUGUUAGUCUAUCGGUUGAUGCUUAGGCUGGUUAGAACGUCAAAACACAAAGCAAUAAUUGACCAAGUUUUGACAGGCGAACAAGGUUGUGGAGGAGUUCUCGGGCAACUAGAGAAUGAUAAUUCCUCGAAACCGAGCAAGGAUGAAUUUGUGGCAAAGCUUCAUGAAAAACUGUGCGAGAGAGUGGUAUUCAUUUCAACACCACAGAUUAUCAAGCAAUUUCUUGAGGAUAGAUGCAUCGAAGAUUUGUCCAUUCUUCAUUUAUCUUCAAAAUAUAGAUAUGCAAUAUUGGAGAUUUUACAAGAGUCGCGAAUUCAGCUUUUGGAGCAGAGAGUCAGUACUUAUGAUGCCUUGAUGAGUGGCAGAAAAUGUUUGUUAAAAUUGCACCUGCACUCAAAAGAAGAAAUACCUGAAACAGAGCCCGGUGUUUCUUCUUUACGAGACGAAAUCGAAAUCCUUAGUAUUUUGAAUGCUGUUCCAGAACCGUGCCAAAACAUAGUCCGCUUGCUUGGUUCCACCGUUGAAGCUCCUAUGCACAUGAUAAUAGAGAAAGCAUCCAAAAAUGAUCUGUUGACGUAUCUUCACGAUUUCACGAAACCUCCUCAAGGUGAAUUGCUGCUUUACAUUGCUCUAGAUAUUUGCAAUGCAAUGAUAUUUCUCGGUGAAAACAAUGUAAUCCAUCGCGAUCUGUGUGCCAAGAGCUGUUUUGUUUUUGAUCCAAACGGAAGUCUUGUCAUCAAACUUGGCAACUUUCAUCUUUCUUCUUCUCUUUCGCGGUCUCAAACUGAUACCGAUUCUCAGUCUAGUUCUAUGAGAUCAUCCAUCAAAGGUUAUUCGGAAAAUCAGUUUGCUGUGCGUUGGAUGGCUGUUGAAGCACUUCGAGACGGUGAAUUCAGUUUUGCAUCUGAUGUAUGGUCAUUUGGUGUGUUAUUGUAUGAGAUUUUCACCUUUGGUUCGAAACCAUACGUCAAUAUGCCAAACGGAAUGUCUUUGGAUAUUGACGAGGAAGUGCGAGAAUAUGUCCUUGAGGGGAAUAAACUUGAACUUCAUCCAAAAAUCCCUGACUCAAUUCAGAAUGUUAUCCAGUCCACAUUUACAAAAAAAGAUGACAGACCAACAUUUUCAGAACUGAACUCCCAUUUGAGGGAAAUUACUUUUGAUGAUGAGAUAUACAUGGAUCCGGUCCACUACAAAAAACUACAUCACAGCUUGUCCAGUUUACGUGUGACAACGGAAUAGAAAGUUGGAAGUCAUAUUUCUGGAAUGAUUGACCACAGUGAUCAUAAUAAGUAUAACUGACUCGAUAAUACAACAAUAAUAUAACAAAGAAUGACGACACUGGAGUCUGGAGUUAGCUAUUAAGCCUAUUAUGUAGUAGGAAUCCUUAUAUUUAUGAUGUUUUCGGGCUCCAGACUUUAUUACUAUUACUAUGUAUAAUGAUACCUUGAUUAUAUGGAUUUACCGUACGUUUUUAGUCUAGUUACGAUAACGUCCAGUAACGAUAUACUGACGAUUACGUGAUUAUACGAUUGCGGAUUCAAGUUUAAAACAUAGUUUCGAGUUCUGGAAACUUUCCAUGAUCUUGCAACAGAUCAAAAUUUCUCCCAGAAAUUCGGGAAAACCGUAGGAACAGUAUAACAUUAAUCUAUAUGUAUCCAUGCUUUAUAUAUAGUUCUGAUUUUUAUUGAUGUAUCUUGGUGUUUAAAACGUAUCACUGAAUAAUUGGAUUCAAUGUAAAGUCAACAUAAAAUAA